AUGAAUGAAGAUAAAGAGAAAGUUGUAGCUAUUCACAAUGAAUCUAAAAAUAAUGAGAAGCAACGGGGAAUAAGAAAAAAUGCAGCAGACAAUAAUGAUUGUCAUAAUGAAUUGCAAAAAUAUAAACAGAGCUUUUACAUAAUCAGGAAAACUAUAAACCUUAUAAAAAAUCACUACAAUAACAAAAUUAACAAAAUUGUUAAUCUGAGGCAGAGGGAACGGAAGCACUUAUCCCACUUGAAGAGGGAAAACAUAAUCUUAGAAGAUAAGAGUACCUUUUACGCGGAACAUGUAGAGGAGCUAAAAAAGAUAUAUACAGAGCAGAUAAAGUUAAAGAAUAACAAAAUACAAAAUCUUCAGGAUGAAUUGGAUAAAAUGAGAAUAACAACGGAAAAUGAAAUUGAGUCCAACAACACAAGAAUUCUAAAACUUCGGGAGGAUCAAAUAGAGAGAUUAUCUCAGCAACUGGAUACAAUCAACAUUUUGUAUCAAAAGCAGGUGGACAAUAACAGAAAAUUAAUCAAAGAAUUAGAAGAACUAAACAGAAGUAUUAUGUACCUUAAUAAUAAAAUACAAGAAGAAAAAAAUAAUCGAUCUUGUAUUAGUAGAAGGCUUAAAUACUACAAACGAUACAACAAAAAUAAGAAGCGAUUCAAGUUAAACUUCGACUUAAUGAAUCAAGAGGUGAGUGGAAAAAGAGAAAGAGAAGAAGAGGGGGAUAUAUGUGUUUCUGUUCUGUGUCACUUGAAAACAGAAUUAGAUAUGAUAGAUGAUGAAAAUAGUAAAAACAUGAACAAAAGGAGGAACACAGGUGAGUGCUGUAGCAAUAUGGACAGUGUUGUAGAUAUUGCUGUAGAUAGUAAUGUGGUGAAUGGUGUGGAUAGAAUUGUGAAGAAAAAAUGGAAGAAGAAGAAUAGAAACACAUACUACCAUAAUGAGAGGAUAACAAUGAAAAGUAAUAAUUUUUUUCAGAAAGUUUUAGAAUCCAAUUAUAAAAAAAAAAAAAAAAAAAAAUCAACCCUUUUUGAUACAAUUUACAAGAAACAAUUUUUCUCCUUUUAUAAACAAGUAUUUACUGAAAAUAAUGACAUCAAAUUUGAAAACAAAAAAAUGUUUUCAUCCGCUUUGAAAAAUAAUAAAAAAUCAAAUGGCAGAUACAAUGAUUUACACAAAGAGAUAAAGGAGAAUAUUCAGAAAAGGGAAAUCAAAAAAGACUCAAGACGGAAAGAUAACGAUAUGAGUAGCAACGCCUGCAAUGCAAAUAAUGACCAUAAUAGGAUUGGCAGCAAAAAGAGAAGUGAUACGAAUUCUUUAACUUUAAAUAAUAUAUAUUUUUACAGCAAUUUUGAUGAUAACUUUGAUGAUAAACGUGAUUAUGUUAAUGAUGGACGUGAUUAUGUUAAUGAUGGACGUGAUUAUGUUAAUGAUGGACGUGAUUAUGUUAAUGAUGGACGUGAUUAUGUUAAUGAUGGACGUGAUUAUGUUAAUGAUGGACGUGAUUAUGUUAAUGAUGGACGUGAUUAUGUUAAUGAUGGACGUGAUUAUGUUAAUGAUGGACGUGAUUAUGUUAAUGAUGGACGUGAUUAUGUUAAUGAUAAACGUGAUUAUGUUAAUGAUAAACGUGAUUAUGUUAAUGAAAAAUGUGAUUACCUUUAUCAAGAUUUUUCCAAUUUGACGAACCCGAUGCUUAGUAUAAACGAUCGUAGGGGCCUCCCCAAUCGGGAGCAGAAUGAUGAUGAUGAUAAUAAUGAGGGCGAAAUGUCCAGGAUAAUUUCAACUACACAUGAGGAACCGAAUCGGUUACCUAAAGGGGUGUGUGCAAAUGUCCAGAAUAUCGUGUGUGAGAACAAUAUACAUGGUGAAACAAAUCCCCUCAAGGAAAAUAUUCACAUGGAAGAGAGUAUUAAGGGAAGAGGUGUAAAUUUGCCAUAA